AUGGACAUCACUGUGCUUGCCAUCUUUAUCGUUGUAUGCCAAAAUUCGUGGCCAACAGUAUUCUUGCUGAUUCCACUUAUUUGGCUUAAUAUCUGGUACCGGAAUGCAGAACAUGUUCUCCAAGAAAAUGUUAAACGGGUUAAUGCUAAUUUACGUAUGGAUUUCCACAACAAUGGGUCCAAUGAGUGGUUUGGUUUCCGUAUGGAGAUGCUUGGGAGUUUAGUUUUCUGCAUUUCCACUGUAUUCAUGUUCUUGUUGCCAAGCAGUAUAAUAAAGCCAGAGAAUGUUGGUUUAACUCUCUCCUACGGAUUGCCCCUGAAUGGUGUGCUGUUCUGGUAUCGGUUGAGAGGAUACCAGAAGCAGCCGCACGGUUAUAUGAGCUGCUUUGUCUAA